AUGGGCUGGUUCUGGGACAGUAAGCCGGCCGGCGACACCUACAGUAAGCUGGAUCCCAGCCUCAAGGACUUUCUCGACAAGGAAUCCUCCUCCCAAAAUGCCACCACCCAGCCUGUACCAAGAUCUGGCGAGGUCCCACGCUCCGCUGAAGGCGCAUCGACAACAUACCGGUCUCAGAUAGGCCUUCCUACCUCGCCCAACACCCCGUCCGACCAACAGGCACAACCAUCCGUACCAGCCGAGUCGCUUUUCCAGGACGGCCGCUACGCCCAUCUUUGGGCCACUUACCGCCCACAGUCUUCAGUUGAAGCCGCCGGAAAGACUGAUCAGGACCGCCUGGCCGAUGUCGUUGACUCGUACCGCGACCGUAAGGCCGCCAUUGGCCGCGCUGCUCUUGAAAACUGUGUCAUGGAGCAAAUGGCCGAGAAGGAGUGCUUUUCUACUGGCGGCUGGAAGAAGAUGAUGGGGAUGUGUCGGAAGGAGAACAAAGACUUUAAUCGAUGCUAUACGAUGCAGAGUCGAUUUCUGAAGGCGCUGGGUUAUCUGAGUAAUACGUAUGCGACGGCGGACGAGGAGGAGAGGAUACAGAUGCAUGCGGACCGGCUUUAUCACGAGAUGCUUGCAAGAGAGAAGGCGAUCGAGCAGGCGGAGAAAGAAGGGCAGGCUGCGCCAACGUUUGCGCCGCUGAUGCAGCAGGAUCACGUGGUGCAGGCUUUGGGGCCUGAAAGUGCUUACGCAAGGGCAAGGCAAAGAGCGAAGGAUGAGAUGCUACCAACGAACUUGUCCGCCUAUCCGCCUGAGAAGCAGGACGAAAUCAGGGACAGACUCAAAGGGCUGAAUGACUGGCAAAAGGAGGUGGAGAUGCAGCUGAUUGCGGCAGAGAGCAGGGCGCAGCUGGAGUAUGCGGAGAAGGUCAAGGCCACUAUGGAAGAGGAGAGGGCGCACCGUGCGGAUAGACGGGAGAGAGGCAAGGAAACGGCAGGAGAUACUAUCAAAAGGUAUUGGGGUUGGAAGCAGUGA